GAGCGGAUAGAGAGUUGGCGGCGCGAGCGGCAUCGGCACAGCUCCGAUCUCGCGUACCUCCCGCCCGCCCGCCGCCACAGCCCGGGAUUUAUCAGCGAAAAUGGAGCUGGACGACGGGGUGGUUUACCAGGAUGACUCGAAUACGAACGUGAUGUCGGAGCGGGUGUCGGGCCUGGCGGCCAGCAUCUACCGCGAGUUCGAGCGGAUGAUCCGCAAGUACGACGAGGACGUGGUGAAGGAGCUGAUGCCGCUGGUGGUCGGGGUGCUCGAGAACCUGGACGCCGUGUUCGCCGCCAACCAGGAGCACGAGGUGGAGCUCGAGCUGCUCAAGGAGGACAACGAGCAGCUCAUCACCCAAUAUGAGCGCGAGAAGGCGCUCCGUAAGCACGCCGAGGAGAAAUUUAUUGAAUUUGAGGAUUCUCAAGAGCAGGAGAAGAAGGACCUGCAGGUUCGAGUGGAGGUGUUGGAAUCGCAGACACGACAGCUUGAACUCAAAGCAAAAAACUACGCAGACCAGAUUGGUAGAUUGGAGGAGCGAGAGUCGGAACUGAAGAAGGAAUACAAUGCACUUCAUCAAAGGCACACCGAGAUGAUUCACAAUUAUAUGGAGCACUUAGAGCGAACCAAAUUUCAACAGUUGCAUGGUGGGGAUCCACUGGAGUCAGGAGUGCACAACAGAUUGAGGAAAGAAAGGCCCCAUUCCUUGGGUCCUUUCCUAUUGCCUGGAGGAGAUGUUCUUCGUACGCCUGAUGCACAGAAAGAAGGAGCAGAAACACCCGGCACCGAAAACUGGAGGUUCAACUGCCAACCUCGAUCCACCACAAGCCUAAAGGAUGAGCUCUCGGAUGCGAGUCAGCCAUCCAGCUCAGUGGGAACAAAGCCCAACACCCCAAUGGCUCUGGAGGAAGGCAUAGCAGGUUCGGUCACUCCGAGAAAGGAGAGCAUGGAGGCUGAAGGCCUGACCAAAAACCUGAAUAUGGCGAGUAAGAAACCAGACAACAAGAGGAACAUUGACGUGCAGGUGCAACAGGAGACCAGAACUUUAGCUGUUGGUAUGACUGAAAAUGAAGACAAAUCAGAUGUUCAAGCCAUUAUUGAUUCCACGCCGGAAUUGGAUAUGGACCAAGACUUCAGUGGGUGUAAAGGAGCCAGCACACCAACCAAAGGAAUUGAGAACAAAGCGUUCAGUCGGAACACUGAGUCCAUUUUUGAUGAACUGUCCCAAUCUGCUUCUGAGCUGAUAGGUGAUGUGGAUGAGGGGGCAAAUUUGUUGGGUAUGGGUCGUGAGGUUGAGAAUCUUAUUCAGGAAAACACGCAGCUGCUAGAGACCAAAAAUGCUCUGAAUGUGGUGAAAAACGAUCUGAUAGCACAGGUGGAUGAACUGACGUGUGAGAAAGAUGUGCUGCAGGGAGAGUUGGAGUCCAUCAGACAAGCCAAACAGAAAUUGGAAGAGAAGAAUAAAGAGUUGGAGGAAGAGCUGAGGAAGCUCCGUACAGAAACUGAAGAAGCAAAGCGGAAAGCUAAAGAGGAUUCUGAUGAGAGCGAUGUCCCUACUGCUCAGAGGAAGCGCUUCACUCGUGUGGAGAUGGCUCGAGUGCUUAUGGAACGUAACCAGUACAAAGAGCGUCUGAUGGAGCUUCAGGAAGCUGUGCGAUGGACUGAGAUGAUCCGCGCUUCGAGGGAAAGUCCAGCCAUGCAGGAGAAGAAGAAAUCCACCAUCUGGCAGUUCAGAAUUUUUAGUCGGCUGUUCAGUUCAUCCACCAAUACAACCAAGAAACCCAUCCCACCCGUCAAUGUCAAGUACAAUGCACCCACCUCACACAUCACACCUGGAGCAGUGAAGAAACGAAGUGGUCCAAUAUCCCAGCUUCCCAGUGAUAAGUCAAAGGCCUUCGAUUUUCUCAAUGAAGACAAUGAGAACACGUCAGCCUCACGCAGGGAGCAGAAGCGGGAGCAGUACCGGCAGGUCAAGGCACAUGUACAGAAAGAGGAUGGACGCAUACAGGCCUAUGGCUGGAGUCUGCCUCCCAAAUUUAAGCAGAUCACAAACGGUAGUCCUAGUGACAAGAUGAAGAAUUUACCUGUUCCUGUGCAUCUCCAACCGUUGGAUGACAAGGAUACACACAUGAAGUUAUGGUGUGCCGUUGGGGUCAAUGUAUCAGGAGGAAAAACCCGUGAUGGUGGCUCGAUCUUUGGUGCAAGUGUAUUUUAUAGCGACGCACCCGGGCUGGAAAUUGAGCACAGUAAACAGCGCAGUGGUUCUCAGAGCAGCUUGGAUCGGCUGGAGCAGGAACUUAAAGAACAGGAGAAGGAGCUGAGGCAGCAGGAUGAAGUGUCCAGCCUGGUAUGGAUUUGCACCAGCACACACUCUACUGGCAAGGUUAUUGUUAUAGAUGCCAACCAGCCCCGCACCAUCUUAGACAGUUUCUUUGUCUGCAACUCGCAUAUCCUUUGUCUUGCCAGUGUCCCAGGUGCGCGAGAAACCGACUACCUGGCUGGAGAGGAAGUCCCGACGGAGGUGGAGGGCAGCCAGGCUGAGUGUGCCUCCCUCACUGGCAGUGUCGCUAGCAAUAGCUCAGCAGGAAGCGACGGACUGCUGGGUGGCAUCACGGUUGUUGGCUGUACCACAGAAGGCAGCGCUCGAAGCACGAACACACCGGUCAGCUCCUCUCUGCUGCUUGAAGGAGAUUCAGGAGAGAUGGGUGCUGUGAGCGAUAGCCCUGAUGACAGUCUUUUGACAGCAGAAGAGGCAACAGAAGCAACCGAAGCUAAUUUAAACAUCCCCACAUCAGCAGACGAUUCAUCCGAUGUCAGUCAGUCCGGUGCUUACACGGAGCAUGUUUUUACAGACCCUUUGGGGGUGCAGAACUCUUCGGACAGUGCGCAGUCGUUUAACCGAAGAGAGUCAGAUCUAUAUAAAGACGGUGUGUCCGCACUGCCGUUGGAGCAAGACCUGAUGCGGGAGGAGGCCGAGAAGAUGAGUAGUGUCUUGCCAACCAUGUGGCUUGGGGCACAGAGCGGCUGUUUGUACGUCCAUUCCUCAGUAGCUCAGUGGAAGAAAUGUCUGCAUUCCAUUAAGCUGAAGGAUUCUAUUCUUAGUAUUGUACACGUAAAAGGACGAGUGUUAGUUGCAUUAGCUGAUGGAACCUUGGCUAUUUUUCACAGAGGAGUAGAUGGCCAAUGGGACCUGACAAACUACCAUCUUUUGGACCUUGGGCGACCUCAUCACUCCAUCCGCUGCAUGACUGUGGUGCACGAUAAAGUGUGGUGUGGUUACAGGAACAAGAUCUACUCAGUGCAACCAAAGGCCAUGAAAAUAGAGAAAUCUUUUGAUGCCCACCCACGGAAGGAGAGCCAGGUGAGACAGUUGGCUUGGGUGGGAGAUGGGGUGUGGGUUUCCAUCCGUCUAGACUCUACCCUUCGCCUGUACCAUGCACAUACCUACCAGCACCUACAAGAUGUAGACAUUGAGCCGUAUGUCAGCAAAAUGUUAGGUACCGGGAAACUGGGGUUUUCUUUUGUGCGAAUCACAGCACUCAUGGUGUCCUGUAACCGCCUGUGGGUGGGAACGGGGAACGGUGUCAUUAUCUCCAUUCCGCUGACAGAAACUGUAGUUCUCCACCAGGGACGCUUACUGGGUCUGAGGGCUAAUAAAGCAUCAGGAACACCGGGCAACCGGCCAGGAAGUGUCAUCCGUGUGUACGGUGAUGAGAACAGUGACAAGAUCACCCCUGGCACUUUCAUCCCCUACUGCUCGAUGGCUCACGCACAGCUCUGUUUCCACGGACAUCGGGACGCUGUGAAGUUCUUUGUGGCUGUGCCAGGUCAGUUUGCAGGCGUACAAUCAAGUGGCUUUGAUAGUUCAGUUGAAAAAUUAGGAGCUUCUGUGACCGACGUGUCGAGUGGGCUAUCUGCCAGAUCAAUGCUGGUGAUGAGUGGAGGAGAGGGAUACAUCGAUUUCAGAAUGGGUGAUGAGAGUGAAGAACCGGAGGAGGGCGACACACUACAGAUCCAGCCGUCAUUGGCCAAAGCCGAGAGAAGCCACCUGAUUGUGUGGCAGGUCACGUUCAAUGAUGACUGAGCACCACAAGGUCACAAAGUGACACGCAAACAUGCAUGGGUUCUUUUGUUUUUGUUUUGUUUUAUUCCACCACAGAGUGUUUGAACUGUCCUACCCCAAGACCCUUCCGGUAUGUGGUGAAGCUCGGAGCAGGAUGUACUGAGCUGCUGUUCUGUCCCAGUCCUUUCUCCAGGGUUUCCCAACUGCCAAGAGAUAGCGCUUGCAGAGCAUAGUCACUUCAAAGAACAUAGGCUGCCUUAGUAAUCAACACGUGUUAGUUCUUUAGGAUUAUUAUACUAACACUAUUCUAAAGAACUAACUUGUAUUUGCAAUGAUUAUACAAUCUAUUUAUUUCUAUGUGGGUGUUAUCACGGUUACCAAAGGACAUGAACCUCGCCUGAUACUCUUGUACCUGUUCACUAUGGAGCUACAGUCAGUCUUGUUCUGGCCCCGUGGUGUUAAGAGAGAGAUGCAUUGCCCCGCGUGGGGCCCCUUCACUUCCUUUUUUUAAUGCAGUUUGUUAGAGAUGGCUCUGGACACUCUGCCCACAGGGAAACACAUAAAGUAACAACCUGAGCUGCACCUCAACCAUUUUAUACACUACUAAAUGGCUUUUCUCUAACAAAAGUGUUUAAUUUAAUUGAUCAUUUUGUUGAGCGGGAAGCCUUCAUCUCUCUCCAGGCCUAUUUUAAGGAAACACUUUUAUGGUCUCUGUAAUUUUUUGUAAGUUGACCUCUUAGACACUUUAUCUUGUAUUUUAAUUGCCUCUGUAAUUUGAAACUGAAUGCUACGGCGUUGAAUUUGCUCUCUGUUGAAAGCCAAGGCUUCGUUCUAGUGAGCGCAAUAGCUCAUAUUGCAGUGUGGCCAUUUCAGUAUUUAUUACCUAUUAAUGAACCUUUGUGGUUCAGAAUGUAACUUUGUACAAGAAAAAAAUAUAUAUGUAUAUCAAAAA